AUGCCUGCUUUUCGUAAAAAUCAGCAAUCCUCCUCCGACAACGGGAGCUCAUCAUCCUCACCUUCCCCGUCAAAAGGAUGGACUAAAGAACAGAAGAGACAGCUUUUUUACCAUGUAUUGAGAAAUGGUGAAAGGGAUUGGGGGAAUGCGGUAGAUGGAGAAACGGGACAUCAAUGUAACGAUCAAUGGAAGAAAACACUCUUACCUCAAAUUACCAAAGCAUGUGGAUUUUAG